AUCGUCCCUAGCCGCUGCUAUUGCUGCUACUACCGAAGCUGCUGCUGAUGAGGAGAUCACUAAUGAUAGUGCUUACCUGUCCCAUAGAGACCUGGUUCCAAGUGGUACCACAGUGAGCGUCACAAAAAGAAGGUUGAUCUUGUGUAUUUAUUGUCACCAUGAUUUUUCGACAAAACGAGGAUAUAUCUUUUCGUUCAGACAAGAGGUGUUUUUCUUGAUGACGGGAGAGUGUCAUAUAGCUACACCAUAAUCAUAACGUCUUUGAUUUAUUCUUCAAACGCCAUGUAUACAGUCAGAACAAAGUUGUCAAAGAUGUUGCCAUCAAGCGUCGGCCGGACAUCGGCCUGCCGUGUUGCAUCCAUGGCUCAACAGAUCCUCCACAGACAAGUUAGUACAAUGGUUAGCUCGGAACAUACAGAAGACGUCAAACCCUUUGAUCAGAUCCCUGGACCUAAAGGUGUACCCUUCUUUGGAUCACUUUUUGACUACACUGGCCUUGGCCCCUACAAGUUAGACAAACUACACGAAGCUACCGUGGACAGAUUCCGCAACUUUGGACCCAUCUUUAAGGAGACUCUGGCAGGUGUCACGCAUGUCCACAUCAUUGACCCUACAGAUGUCCGGGAACUUUUCAGAAACGAGGGGAGGAGUCCAAAGAGAACGCCUAUAGAUGCUAUGGUCAAAUACAGGCAGACAAGGAGCAGACACAUUGGCAUGGCAAACACAGAGGGGGACGAAUGGCAGAAGCUUCGGAAACCGGUUCAGCAUCUCUUGAUGAAGCCUCACAGUGUGAAUGCUUAUAUUCCCAUCAUGGAAGAAUGUGCAGAUGACUUUGUGACACUGAUGAGGGAAACGCAAGACAUGGAAUCUAAAGAAGUGCCAGAUUUCAACCACAAAAUGCAAAGAUGGACGUUAGAAUCCACAUGUGCCAUUGUCUUUGACACAAGGAUGGGGUGUCUGAACACCGGUCUUGACAACAACCCUGAAGCCUUGGAGAUGAUCGUCUCAGUGUCCAACUUCUUUGACAGUCUCAAAGACCUUACUUUUAGCUUUCCCUUCUGGAAGUUUGGCAUCACCACAAAGGCAUGGACGAAGUUCACAGAGGCACAGGACUACUUCUUCGGAAUGUCGAAAAAGUAUGCCACACUAGCACUUGAAAGGAUGAAGACAGCUGUCGGCACUGGACCUCAAAAUUCUGAAGGAACUUUUCUGGAAUGCCUACUGGCCCGGAGAGACUUUGAUAUUGAUAGCCUAUGUGAUCUCAUGAAUGAUCUCAUGAUUGCAGCAGUUGAAACGACAGCGAGCACUCUGGCGUUUAACCUGUACUGCUUAGCUAAGAACCCUGAUGUCCAAGAGAAGGUGUUUCAAGAGAUCAACGAAGCUAUACCACCAGGAACAAAAGUCACUGCAGAGUCAUUGCAGAAUCUUCCUUACCUCAAGGCUUGCAUAAAAGAAACUGUCAGGGUCUUCCCAACUGUUGAUGGUACAAACAGAAUACCAUCGAGAGAAAUUGCCCUUGCUGGUUACAAAAUCCCUCCGGAUACGAUCGUCAGAAUUCACUGCAUUGCCGGGCUCAUGGAAGAGUACUUUCCUUCACCAGAGAAAUACAAACCUGAAAGAUGGCUGAGGGGUGAUGCAGAGUGUGAGAACAUUGAUCCCUAUCUCAUCCUCCCAUUCGGUCAUGGUUCCAGGAUGUGUACGGGUAGGCGGAUGGCUGAACAAGACCUAUACAUCAUGCUCAUCAAGAUUGUUCAGAACUUCAAGAUUGAGUGGCACCAUGAGGAAGACAUGGAACUUAUCUUCAGACUCACAAAUGUUCCUGACAGGCCUGCACAGUUCAGAUUCAUCAGUAGAACAUGAUAUUUUCUAGAAACCAACUAGAACUAUGUACCUAUCUACCAUCUUGUGUCUGUUUGAACAUUAUGUGACAAACCUAGUAAACAACAAUCCACCUCUGUUCUCAAUCAGAGCACCUCAGAUGAAACCGAUGUAGCAUCAAUCAUGCAAGCAGAUUAUCUGAUGAUAUGUCAGAGGUUCAAAGACAAUCGGUUCAUUAAGCAGUGGUUUUCUUCUUGAUGUGUUGCUAACAUUUCAGCGUCGAUUUGUGGCCUUCAGGAUUUCAAAGUUUGUUUGCAGUGUUGCCCACUAGACCUUAUAUACGAUCAUCUGUGCUGUUCUUAUCAAAGUUGAUGUUGGAGACUGUAUGGAUGGAACAUUUCUCUUCUGCCAAACUGUGCACUGAAUGGCUGACUUUCAAAGUUCCUCCAAAAGUAUCCAUGGUCAUUGCCAAAGACAUCACCGAGCAUAAAGACCAAGAAAUGUCUGCUCCGUAUGAACAUCUUUUCCAAGUGAGUAUAAUGAAUAGGAAUAGGGGUACCAUCCUGAACUUGAAUCAAGGUUCUCUCUUGUACACCUUGUGUCCUGUCAAAUAGCCAAUGAGAGAAGGAGCAAGUUUGAAUACUUUGAAUGACCAUGUCAUGUUGUUGUAUUGUACAAAAUGUGUUCAUCUUCCAAGUACUGUCCUAAAUUCGCGCAAAUUGUGUGGUAUAUUGUAGAAAAUUUAUAUGUAUGAAAAAGGUUAUCUUAUAUAGGUAUAUAUUCAUUCAGUGAUUGUGAUGUUCAAUCGUACACAUAGUUCUGACUCAAACUUUUGCAUUUGCAUGUAAGUGCCUCAACUGCAGUAACGUGUUGUGUUUUCAUUUGGAUUAUGCCACAAUGUUUUAUAUUCUUAUACUUAAUUUUCAGAAAAUUAUUGUUUGUUAAUUUAUUCUACAAUUUGAACAUCAGCUUUUGAGUAUAUGAGCAACUUUGGCUCAUGUUUAUGAAAUAGAACAAAAUGCACUUUAAGAGUGAAACAGGUUAGAAAAAUAAUGCAUUUUUGCAUGUAUCAAGUAACAAAGAGAUAAAAUCCAUGGAUCUUUUGCUAAAUAUGUUGGUUUGCAACUUACCUCUAUUUACUUUAUCUGGAUUGUGGCCCUCUUUUUUUAGCAAUUUGUCUGCUAAUUCCAAGGGUUGGCCUAAAGACAUGAAGAGUUGGAUUACUUGAUUCUUGAUUCUAAAAUUCUACCUGUGUCAUGCACUUAGUGCAUUAUUUCUUCGACAAUCCUUUGUUUUCAGUAGAUUAUGUUGUGAUGUGAACUUAUGAAAAUACUCAGAAAAUAUGAUAUGCUAUGAACCCACAUUAACAUGAUUUUCAAAAUUAUCAAAUUGCACCUUUUUUUACCUUUGUGUAUCGAGUGUUGCAUAUGUUUUGAUAUGCAUUACUGUUUGUGUGGUAAUUCAUUGCUAAAUUUUGUACAGUAUUUUGUAUAUGAAAUUAUUGUAAAUAUGUACAUAGUAUGGCGAUUUUUUUUUAGUAUCUCCCACUUUCUAUGUACAUAUGUAAAUAUCAUUUUCAAAUGACAUUUAUAUUUUAAAGGCCUCAAAAAAAAUGUAUCUCAUACUUUAUUAUACUCACCUUAUAUCAAAAAAGCAUGUUAUUUUUUACAGGAAAAAAAGAAAAUAUGAGUGCUUGUGAUCUGAAUUUACAAAUAAGUCACAUUUGUACACAUUGGAGUUUUAUUUUUCAUUAAUUUUAUGUUCUGUUGAUUUAGGAAAAUUGCCAAAUUUAUGCAUUUUCUUUAUCUUUAUUUUUUUUAAUGUUUACAUGCUAAAACGUAUUUAUUUGCAGCUGCUCUGCGUGCGUUUAACACAAUGUUGAUAAGGAGGAUGUAUUAAUUUUCUUUCAAUUUGUGUUUUCUUAUCCCCAUUUUUCAAAUAUAUGAAUUAUAAAUUUAUCAAAAUGUAUUCGUUAAUCUAUGAGAAUAUUGAUAGCCGUGAUCCUACCUUUUACUGCAUAUUUUGACUGUAUUCAUAUUUCUACUUUUAUCUAGGGAUAGGGGAUCAGUUUCUAUUUUUUUCUCUGUAUUAUGGUUGAUGUCAUUUAUCCCAAUUCAAGCAGAGCACAAAAAUUCACAAGGGUUUAGAUAUUAAUUUCAAAAUUAAUCAAAUGGUUGCAUAAUAAUAGGGAUGGUGCAAGUGUAUUUUUACUGGGGAGACUGACAACCUUAAGAAGACAUAUUAUAUUUUUCAAAGAAAUUAUAUUCUAGGACCAAGAACUCUCUUUACACUAUUUACUCUUCUUCCCUUUAUGUCCCUCCAAUUGGUGAUGGUUGACCCCUAUUGCCCGCCCCUGGUUGAUAUUGCUUAAUCAGAAAAGAUAUUGAUUAAUGGUCAUUCUGAAACUAAUUCGUUUAAACUACUCUACUCCCUGUAUGCGUGUCUUUUUUCUUUAAAACUUAUAUGAACUAACUGAAACAAGACUAUCACUAAUCCAUGAAGAAUAGGAUUGUUUUUUACUGCGUUUUUGACUCACGAGCCAUUUUUCUUGCCUAUGAGAAGUAUCAUUCGUAUCUUUUGUCAUGUAGAAUAACUUUAUAGUCUUAAUGUUUAACUAAACCAUUAUUUCAAGUUCAUUAUUGUACUAUCAUCAUGAAAUGACGGGAAGGCAUAUCUGUGGUAUGUGUCACAGUUUUCUCAACCAAAUUUCUAAGAGAGAUCAUACUUUGCUUGCCUGAACAUAUACAUGUAAGUAGAAUUUUAAUUUGUGGUAAAGGAGUCCAAACUUUAAUUCAUUUGUCACCAGGCUUAUGAUAUAAACAACAAACAAAUUAAUAAAAUGAAUGAAUAACUAGCAGAAUUCAAAUAUUUGUGAAUAUUUCAAACAAAUUAUUCAGGAAGGCAAGGUCAAGGUGACAAAGUUGUAUAGAAAAAAUCAAAUCUAAUCAACGUCCAUGUUAUGUUCGUUAACUAUGUUGAUCAAUGGUCUUGAGACCUCAAACAUAUCCUUGCCACUAUUACAACACUGCCACUAUCACUACAUUGUCACUGUUACUACACCGUUACUUUUACUACACUGUCACUAUCACUACACCGUCACUAUCACUACACCGUCACUAUCACUACAUCGUCACUAUCACUACACCGUCACUAUCACUACACCGUCACUAUCAUUACAUGGUCACUAUCACUACACCAUCAAUAUCAUUACACCGUCACUAUCACUACACCAUCAAUAUCAUUACACCGUCACUAUCACUACACCGUCACUAUCACUACACUGUCAUAACUCCGCCUCAAAAUAACAUAAUUUUCGCCAUUGCAUUUGGUGCAGAGUAACUAUCAUGCGCAGCAACUGUUGCGUUUUGAGACAAGAGUGAAGGAUCAUUGCAUCACUGGCUUGCCUAUUGUAAAUCAAAUGGCAGUUAUACAAGGAAACACAUUAUACUGUACCCCCAUGUUAUUCAUAGGGUAGCUGACAAAAAUUGUAACAUUGCCCAAAUUUUCAAUACAGUUUGUUUUUUCUUUUCAGUCAUUUCCACAUAUUUGCUAAAUGGGUUAUCCUCAAGGAGAUUUGAUGUAUCUGUUGAUAUAGCAGUUGGCCUCGCAUGUAGGGUCCUGUAACAUGAUACCAAGUGAUUAAUCGUAAUGGUUAAUUCUUCAUAGUUAUCAAUCAUGAAAUUAUAUCCUUAGUUCAAUUGUUUAGCUUUGUGUAAUGUUAUCCAGGUCCCCUUGGAGCGAAACCCAACCGAUGUUUCAGUGUCCUCUGAUUAAGUCACAUAUACCAAGUCCUUUGGAAAGAAUGUCAAACCCUUAUUCUAAAUAGUCAUCUGUUAACAGUUGAUAAAAUUACAAAGAAAUAUAUAUCCUUUCCCCCAUUAUCUUUUUGAAAAGCCAGCCAUUAUUAUUGAACUCAAUGUACUAAUGUAACUCUAUUUUGAACACGGGUAAAUAAUGUUAAAUGUAGAAGGAUCUUUCUCGUAACUCCUUGUGAAAAUAUCAUAUACUUGUUUUGUAUUCCAUGUAUGAUUGAAAUCAGUGUCUGUAUUUCAACGUUUAUAUUUAACGUCCAUUAUGUUUAAUAGCCAUAGGCAAUCUAGUAGAACAAAUACACAUAUGAAUUAUGUGCAUUAAAUUUCUAAUAAGCUAUUUUUUAAAAUAGCAUUGCAACUUUGUUUUCAAAAUAUGAAAACACAUAUUUCACAGAUUAUGUUGCGCUCUAUUAAACUCAUUUAUUACCACUUUUAUAACCUUUGAUCCUAUUGUUUGCUGAAUUAAUAUUCUGUUAUGCUAUGAAGAAACUCAUAUUUAAAUUUGCUUCUUAUACUAAAAUUAUUAUGGGUAUGAGAUGAAAUCAUGAAAUAAAGUGCGACAGACAGAUGAAAGCAUAUAA